AUGAGUCAGGACAAAUAUUUACGAACAGCCAAUAGAGAAUCACCGUUACACAUCGCCCUUCGCUAUGAUAGGCUGGAUUUCGUGAGGGCUCUACUUACGUCACCAACUUUUGACGUCAUCAAAUAUGAUUCGUUCAUAAAGCAGAUCUUUCCGGCGGUAGCGAAGCAGCAGUCUCAGCAUCAUUCAUCAUCCUCCUCGACAACCUCUCAUCAAUAUCAUGCACAUUCCUGUUUCUCUCUCCCCGGAUCUGACCUCACAAACUCGCCGUCAUCAACGUCGUCAUGGAAACGACGUGACGUCAUCAACAGCAGCGUCAGCAGUAUCGACAGCUGCUGCACCACGGAUUCAGUUGUUACGCAAAUCGAAAGAUGCUGUUUGGAUAACUCGAAAUCUAAUGAAGGAUUAUCGGUCAAUCAGCAUUCGAAUACGCUUAGAUCACUGUCGAAUCAGAGUUGUCCCCAUUCGUCAGGGCAAUUUGAAUGGAUGAAUGAAGUUACACGAUCUUGUCUCUUAUUGGUCCGCCAAAACGUGGCACAUUACGUUGACUCGUUGCAGCCCCCUGUGAUAAAUCAAAUAUGUGAAUGUUGUUGCGCCAUUUGUUGUUCAAGCCCCGAGCACCAUCAACAACAUCUGCCGCAGCAGCAACAACAACCACAACAGCCACAACCACAACAUUUUCCGGUGCACCAACACGACUCCCAGGCGUCUGUUAACUGCUGUUGUUGCAGCUAUUUGUUCAACAACGAUAUAACAAUGACCUCGACAACGACAACAUCAAACAGAAACAGCAACACUGAUUUCACUGACGUCAUCGUCCUUCAAGAUGAAUCCAACUUCACGCCUUUCACGGAAUUUUUAAAGCGAUCGAGCAACCCGGCCAGGCUGCAACAUUUGUUGAUCGUUGAUUGUCGACUGCAGUGGGACUCCCAGGACGAGCCAUUCUUUGUCAAUCAGGAACAACAACAACAACAGAAUUACGACUCGCCAUGUAGAUCUCAUUCCUCGAAGUCUGAACAGCAACCACAACAACAACAACCACCACACUACCAGCCAGUGUCUCACGAUCAACAAAUACUCCAGCAAAUCUUACAACAGCAGCCAUAUUUAUUGACGACACUCAUUCUCUCUCACACUCACCUCAAACGACUUCCGUUUCAAAUUUUCAACAUGGCCGCUACUUUGGAAGUUCUAAAGGUGGACAGAAACUGUUUGGAAGAAAUUUCAGAUGAAAUAACAAAACUGAAAAAGCUGAAAGUGUUUAGUUGCGACUGUCAGAAGCCAAGAUUGAGGUACAUGAAUCGUUCGUUCGGAUCCAUGACAGCAUUGCAGGUUGGCAUUCAGGGAUUGAAUGUCACGUUGGCUUAG